CUCCGAGGCUUCGCUGCCGCUCCGGAAGCGCCGCUCGGCCAUGAAGGAUUUUGGGGAGGGGGUUCCCCAAAUUUGGGGGGGUUUCGGCGACCCCCAGGAGGUGAAAAUUGGGGGGAAAAAUCCCAAAUUUGGGGAGGAAAAUUCCGGGAUUGGAGCAGGGUUGAGGGCGGAGCCUCCGCUGGCGAUUUUGGGGGGAGGGGCGGCUUUGGGGGUGACCCCUCCCCAAAUUUUGGGGGUCCCCGAACCCCCCUUGGCCGCCGCCAUCGCCGCCGCCACCCGGCAGGACGAGGAUGGGGACACGCCCCUGCACAUCGCGGUGGCUCAGGGCUCUGUCCCCGUCGCUCGACGUUUGGUGUCGCUGUUCCUGCGCGGGGGGAGGGACCUGGACGUGUACAACAACCUGAGACAGGGAGCGUCUCCGAUGGCUCCGGAUCGUCUGGGCCGUACCUGCGCUCACCUGGCCUGUGGCUCUCACCUGUCGGGGGGCGGAGCCUCGGCCGGGCCCCGCCCCCGCGUUCUCCGCGAGCUCCUGCGAGGCCCCGGCCCCGCCCCCGACCUGCAGGCGCGGGAUUAUGAGGGCCUGACCCCCCUGCACGUGGCCGUCGGCUCCGGGUCCCGUGAGAGCGCCCUGGUGCUGCUGGAGCACGGAGCCGACAUCGACGCCGUGGACAUCAAGAGCGGGCGCUCGCCACUGCUGCACGCGGUGGAGAACAACAGCCUGGAAAUGGCUGAGCUGCUGCUACAGCACGGAGCCAGCGUGAACGCCCAAUCCUACGCCGGCUGCACGGCGCUGCACGCGGCCGCGGGCCGGGGGCUGCUGCGGCUGCUGCGGCUCCUCCUGCGCUGCGGCGCCGACUGCGGCCUCCGCAACCUCCACAACGACACCGCCGCCGGCGUGGCUGCCAGCGCACAGGUGAUCGACAUCCUCCGGGGAAAAGCCUCGAGACCCCCCCAGGACCCCCCAAAACCCCCCCGGGAGCCCCCCCACGGCUGCGCCUCGGAGUCCCCGCCCACUUCCGGGUCCGCAGCCAAUGGGGUUCGAGGAGCCCAGGGAAGCCCCGCCCACCGGAGCAGCGCGGACCAAUCAGAAGCGGCCGUGGGGAGGCUCCGCCCACGAGGGGGGCGGGGCCGGCCUGAGGCGGGAAAUGCAAAUUAA